ACAGUUCCACGCCGCCACUCCCCCCAACCCGACCACGCUGCGCCUCCGCUUGACCCCCAGCCGAGGGAGGAAUGGGUAAGGGUACGGGCAGCUUCGGCAAGCGCCGGAACAAGACGCACACGCUCUGCAUCCGCUGCGGCCGCCGCAGCUUCCACCUCCAGAAGAGUACCUGCUCCUCCUGCGGUUACCCCGCCGCCCGCAUCCGCAAGUAUAACUGGAGUGUGAAGGCCAUCAGGCGCAAGACAACCGGUACCGGAAGGAUGAGGUACAUGCGCCACGUGCCUCGCCGUUUCAAGAGCAACUUCAGAGAAGGGACUGAGGCUGCUCCCAAGAAGAGUGCUGCCGCUGCCAACUAAGUCUGGAUGUUGCUAUCAAGAACCUGAUAAGCUAGAACAUUGGAACAUUUUGCUUGAGUUGUACUUCUGAACUAUUUAGCCCAAAUACUCUGGAUGUACUGGUUUAUAGUGCUUUGAAUUAAAGUCAGACGCCCUGGUGGUUUGAUGUUUCUUCUUUUAA